UGUUUGAUCCUUUCUUCUCUGCCCCUCCUCUUGUUGAAAUGACCACCUGAUACAGACUGAAUCCGUAGUCACAUUCACAUGCUCAGUUUGGUGUGUAUUUCUAGAGAGAGUGCAUGCGAUCGCACAGGACCAAUCAGCAUUGUCCAGACAGAGGGUCAGGACUUUCACAUCCUCCUAGAGCAGAAAGAAAACUGCCCCUACAAGCUUUAACCAGUGCUCUGCUGAAGUCACAAGACUGCUCUAACUGCUGAUGAGAAAAGGUAUUUAGCAGUUUAUAUGUACUAA